AUGAUCGACUAUAGCUGGAAUUCGACAGAACAUUGUCCACCAUGUUUUUAUGGUUCAAUUUGCCAAUUAACAACGUUUUAUUAUAGUAUUUCACUGGAGAGUUUUCUCUAUACUUCAUUUUCGACAGUAGAAGUUUUGAUUGUUCUCAUAUUUGUUUUUGCUCUUGGUACAGUUUGUAAUUUCUUGUCAAUCGCGACGUUUGCGCAAGCAACAGCGCGUGAAAUGGGUAGUGGAAUCUAUCGUUUAUGGAUUUCGAUAGUUGGACAAGUGACGUUGGUGAUAGUAACGAUUCGUUUGUUGAUGAUCAUUCGAAAGAAAACCAGUCGAUGGAUUGAUUGUUUUGUUUUCGAUUAUUCUAUUUCUGCGCUUGUUCCUUUGUUUUAUUCAUUAACAGUCUGUUUGGCUGUCGAACGAAUCGUUGUGGCUUAUAAACAUUUGUCAUUUGAUAAACAACAAAGUCGACGUGCAGCGAAGAAACUCAUUCCGGUUUUGAUGAUUUAUCACUUCGUUCUGGCCUUGUACAAACCGAUUCAUCGUCAAUUACGUGUUGAAUUUAAUCGUACCGAGUGUUCGUAUCACUUUCAAACGCAAUCGCAGAUCAAUUUCGAACGACUAAUCAACAUUUUACAUCUGAUUCUACCGAUUUUAGUCAACUUUUUCUCACCGCUUAUUCUGAUUGUCAUUCUCAUUGAACACAAACGUUCAUUGAAACCUACUGCUACAUUUCUAUCCAAGUUUGUCGAUGUUGUUCGUACAUACAAACACAAUCUCAUUAGUCCAUUACUUCUUGUCACUUUGACCCUACCUCAUCUUCUCAUUACACUACAUUUCCAUUGUAUUUCUCAAUCAAAACAGAACAUAAUCUAUCUUUUCACUUAUACACUAUCGCUUAUACCGUUCGUAUCAACAUUCUUUAUUUUUGUACUUUUAUCACCGAAAUAUCGAGAAGAAUUUUCGAAACUUUAUCAAAGACGAUACUAA